AUGUCUUCAGUAGUUCCUACCAAAUUUAAGGGUUUCGCACCAAAGACUCAAGAAGCUUGGGAACAUCCAAAAUUAGUCGAAUAUGAUCCUAAACCGUUUUUACCUACUGAUAUCACUAUUAAAAUCAAAGCUUGUGGUGUAUGUGGUAGUGAUUGUCAUACAUUAAGUGGAAGUUGGGGUCCCUACCAAAGACCAGAUUUACUGGUUGGCCAUGAAAUUGUCGGAGAAGUUAUUGAAGUGGGUGAUAAAGUUACUGAACAUAAACUUGGUGAUAUUGUUGCUGUUGGAGCUCAAUCUGAUAGUUGUUUACAAUGUUCUCGUUGUGAAUCCCAUAAUGAACAAUAUUGUCAAAAACAAUUGGUACCUACUUAUAAUGGUAAAUCCGUACAAUCAAAUGGAUAUAUUACUCAAGGUGGUUAUGCUAGUCAUGUUAGACUUAAUCAACAUUUUGCCGUUAAAGUUCCUCAUAAUUUAGCUUAUGAAUACGCUGCUCCAUUACUUUGUGCUGGUUUAACGGUUUACUCUCCUAUUAUUCGUAAUUUAGGUCAUGAUUUAACUGGUAAAGUAGUUGGUAUUGUUGGGAUUGGAGGUUUAGGUGCUAUGGGAUUACAAAUUUCUCGUGCUUUAGGAGCAAAGAAAGUUUAUGCUUUUUCCCGUAGUGAUAAAAAGAAACAAGAUGCUAUUAAAUUAGGAGCUGAUGAAUUAAUUGCCACGAAGGAUGGUGAGUGGGUUGGUGAACAUUUAGAUGAAUUUGAUUUGAUAUUAAAUUGUGCUUCAAGUGGUAAGGAUGCUAAUAUUGGUCCAUUUUUACAAGUAUUAAAAUUAGAUGGUAAAUUUGUAACUGUUUCUUCACCUCCAUUAACUGAACUGUUAUCGAUUAUGCCUUACUUAUUAUUAAUGAAUCAAUCUACUAUUAGAGGUUCAGGAGUUGGUUCGAUUAAAGAAGCUAAAGAAUUAUUACAAUUAUAUGCUGAUAAAGGAUUAAAACCAUGGAUUGAAAAGGUUCCUAUUAGCGAAGAAGGGGUUCAUCAAGUAGUUACUCGUUGUCAUAAGAGUGAUGUUAGAUACAGAUUUGUUUUAACUGAUUAUGAUAAAUUCUUCUCUUAG